CGCGCCAGUCGAACAGCUGAUUGUAGGAUUGUGACAGCUGAUUGCUAGAUAGUGUAGUAGCUUGUAGUGGCAGUGAGAUGGGCCCGCAGGCGAUUAAGAAUGGAAUGGAGGACGAUCCUACCUUGAUGUCAGGUGGCAACUAUAUCAAGGAAGGUCUAGAUUCAGCCAAGAGUACCUGUCUGUUUUUCAGUCCAGCAAGUCAAGAUGAGUGUGGAGUGCUGGCAUCGGCUUUGGAACUUUUUAAGCAAAACAAGGUGAACCUGAUCCACAUAGAGUCCCGUUCUUCAGCUCGUAUACCCGGAGCCUAUGAGUUUAUGGUGGAAUGUGCACCAGGGGGUAACUUAGGGGCUGUUGUUGACAACUUAAAGAAGUCUUCAGAAUAUUUCAGCAUUAUUUCUAGAAACCACAAAAACAACAAAGGAACCGUACCAUGGUUUCCUCACAGAAUACGUGAACUGGACAGGUUUGCCAACCAAAUCCUCUCCUAUGGUUCUGAGCUUGAUGCUGACCAUCCAGGCUUCACUGACCCUGUAUAUAGAGCAAGAAGAAAGUAUUUUGCUGAUCUCGCUUACAACUAUAAACAUGGUGAACAGCUUCCUAGAGUAGACUACACGGCCGAGGAGACAGACACGUGGGGCAAAGUGUUCAGACAGUUGGUAGACCUGUACCCCACCCACGCGUGUAAGGAGUUCAACCAUGUGUUCCCUCUACUGAUAGAGAACUGUGGAUACCGCGAGGACAACAUUCCACAACUGGAGGACAUCUCCAACUUCUUAAAAGACAGUACGGGAUUUACGCUCAGGCCAGUGGCAGGUCUACUGUCCUCUAGAGACUUUCUCGCUGGUCUGGCGUUCCGUGUGUUCCACUCCACGCAGUACAUCCGCCACCCCAGCAUGCCCCUCUACACCCCGGAGCCCGACGUGUGUCAUGAACUGCUCGGUCAUGUUCCUCUGUUUGCUGACCCUGUGUUCGCUCAGUUCUCCCAGGAGAUUGGCCUAGCCUCCCUCGGGGCUCCUGAUGACUACGUUGAGAAACUGGCCACAUGCUACUGGUUCACAGUAGAGUUCGGCCUGUGCCGCCAAGAUGGACAAGUGAAGGCGUUUGGAGCUGGUUUACUCUCCUCUUUUGGUGAGCUCAAGUAUUGCCUGAGUGACAAGCCUGAACUGCGACCCUUCGACCCUCCCAAGACGGCGCUGCAGGCCUACCCCAUCACAGAGUACCAGCCUAUCUACUACGUGGCAGAGAGCUUUGAUGAUGCCAAGGAGAAAAUGAUUAAAUACGCUCAAACAAUACCCAGAGACUUUGGCGUGAGAUACAACCCGUACACUCAGAGCGUUGAGAUCCUCGACUCCAAACCUCAAAUACAGGAACUCUUCAAUGAGCUUUCCCAUGACAUCAACUUCCUAAGCGAUGUUGUGCAGAAGAUAGGAAUGUAAUCCUUAGUAUUAGUACCUGAUUGUGUAUAUGUUAGACUAUUGUUAUUUAGUCUGUGUAAGUUUUACUUUUAAUUAAAAUAAUUAAUUUAAUUA